CCUCUAAAUAAAAAAUAGCGCCGUAAAUCCACGUAAUACAGCUGCAUGUGCUGGUGGACACUAACAUCGCCGUUUGAACAUCUUAAAAAUAGCAAAUUGUUGAUUACUCCCGGAAGAACAAAUUACUGUAAUGCGUUAAAACAUGUUUGGAUUUGAGGACAUACGUUUUUACUUCCAGAUUUAAACAAAUCAAUUGAUUUUUGUUUUCAGUUGUUAACACGUUUGAGGUCUCGUGGUACACUUUUAAAUUAAAAUGUCAGAAACAAAAUUCACAAUGAAUCGUUCCUUGAAAAGUUACCAAAUUUCUGUUCCGUUCGAAAACAUAACUAUAAAAUUGGGAGUGACUGGGAAGAUUCACAUGGGCUAUACCAUUGCACAAAAGGGACAAAUUUAUAGCAUAGCAUAACAUGUUGCUGUAUUUAGUUAAAUUUUUUAUAAAGUCUUAAGAUGAAAAACGUGUUUAAAAGUUUAAAUAUUCCUAUAACCUCUAUUUAUGACAUUUAUGGAACUACGUGUUUUAAAACGGUUUGCCAAACCAAACGUUUACCCUCAUUUCUACAUUGUUGUGAUUGGUAUCGUCUUUUCAUUCGUCGAGUGCAGACUCAACGGCGCUCUUUCUGGAUUUCAUAGGACAUCAUCUCGGAUUUUUUCCCCCAGUUUUAAUUAAUAAUAGUUGUCCUAAUUGACGCCUUUAAGUUUAGUCUGAAACCAUGGCUUCUUCUGAUGUUGCUCGGCAGCCGGAUAAAGGAGCAAGACCCCUGUCUCUAGCCGGCCAUGUGGGCUUUGACAGCCUUCCGGACCAGCUUGUGAACAAGUCCAUUUGCCAAGGCUUUUGCUUCAAUAUUCUGUGCAUCGGUGAAACGGGUAUUGGCAAGUCGACACUCAUGGAUACUUUGUUCAAUACCAAUUUUGAGAACUUUGAAUCGUCCCACUUUGAACCUCAGGUAAAGCUGCGGGCUCAAACCUACGACCUGCAGGAGACCAAUGUCAGGCUGCGUCUCACGGUGGUCAACACUGUGGGCUUUGGAGACCAAAUGAACAAACAAGACAGCUAUCAGCCAGUGGUGGACUACAUCGACAAGCAGUUUGAGAGUUACUUGCAGGAGGAAUUAAAAAUCAAGCGCUCUCUGCACAAUUACCACGACUCUCGAGUCCACGCAUGUCUGUACUUCAUUUCUCCAUCUGGCCAUUCCCUCAAAUCCCUGGACCUUGUCACCAUGAAAAAGCUGGACAGCAAGGUAAACAUCAUCCCAGUGAUCGCCAAAGCUGACACCAUCAGUAAAAGUGAACUGCACAAAUUCAAAAUCAAAAUUAUGAGUGAGUUGGUCAGCAACGGCGUCCAAAUCUACCAGUUCCCGCUGGAUGAUGAGACGGUGGCCAAAGUCAACACCACUAUGAAUGGCCAUUUACCGUUUGCUGUCGUGGGCAGCACAGAGGAAGUCUGCGUCGGCAACAAGAUGGUGAAGGCUCGCCAGUAUCCAUGGGGUGUUGUCCAGGUGGAAAACGAGCAGCACUGUGACUUUGUGAAGCUGAGGGAGAUGCUCAUCUGUGUCAAUAUGGAGGAUUUACGUGAGCAGACCCACUCCAGGCAUUACGAACUCUACAGGCGCUGCAAACUGGAAGAAAUGGGAUUCAAGGACACAGACCCAGAGUGCAAACCAGUGAGUUUGCAGCAGACCUACGAGGCCAAGCGUCAGGAAUUCCUGCUGGAGCUGCAGAGGAGAGAAGAUGAGAUGAGGCAGAUUUUUGUGCAGAGGGUGAAGGAAAAGGAAGCCGAGCUUAAGGAGGCUGAGAGAGAGCUGCAGAGCAGAUUUGAGCAACUGAAGCGUCGCCACGCAGAAGAGAAAGCAACUCUGGAGGAAAAGAAACGGCUUUUUGAGGAGGACCAGAGCUCCUUUAACAAGAGAAAAGCUGCUACUCAACUGCUGCAAGCCCAGAACAUGACGGCCAACGGCAAGAAAGACAAGGACCGCAAGAACUCCGGCUUCAUGUGAAGACGCUCCAUAUUUUCUGCAUUAUAACCAAUGAUCUUCUGUCUGGCUCGUCUCAUACCCUAACCCAAGCAGCUCCUCUGAAGCACUCCGCAUGUGUGAGAAGAAAAGAGGCCAAAGUUUAAGGACUGUUUCCAAAAAGAUAUACCUUCAUUCACAUAAAAUGUUAUCUCUAUUGUUA